AUACAGGACGUAACAGUUUGCUAUUUUGUCAAUCAUAACUGUGUCCCAUGCUACAUUAACACGUGCCUUGAAUGGCAUUGAAAUUCACGAAAUGAAUUACAGUACCUUGAAAUUCUCUUUCUCUUAAUAAUUUAUUUUUGACACAAACUUUUCUCUAAACUGCAAUGAGUGCUAUCUUGUCUAAACCCCACUCUAACACAUGUUAUUUUUUAAACGUGUGUGAACAGGAAAAUGUAUUUGAUCAUGUGAAGUGGGUAGACGAGAGAUUCCUCACCACGCAGCUGUACACCAACAGAGGCGGAACUCGUCCAACGCGCACAAAUCACAGAGCAGUACGUCGCACGACGCACUGGAGUGCCACCGCCACUAGUAGGCCUACCGUCUGCCUGUGGAAAAAAAGCGAAAAGGGCUGGGCUUAGAGAGGAAUCAAACCACAACCUGGGCUGCGCCUCCAUCACAAACCAGUUUGGAAGAACGUUUGUUCUAGAGGAGAGUCUAGUGCCUAACAAGUCACCAACUGUGGCUCAAAACACGGAUUUCUCUGCGCGCUCAACGUUAAGGAGGCAGCCUCAGAGUUUUGUUUUGAAGUCCAUCUUGAGGUGCUACGGCUAAUAUAAUUUUCUGCAAGUGUAGUUAAUCGCGUUUGUUGUUCUGUAUUUGUUUUGUUUUGGUGUGCGCAAUGAUGGCCACUUACCAAAACCCAGAGGAUGACGCAAUGGCCCUGAUGGUCCACGACACCAACAUGGCGAAGGAUAAGGAGCGACCCAAAGAGGAACCGGUCCAGGAAAAAGUUUCGGAGAAAACGGACCCGUCUCAAAAACCACCGUAUUCGUAUGUGGCUCUCAUUGCCAUGGCCAUCCGGGAGAGCACUGAGAAGCGCCUCACUUUGUCUGGUAUUUACCAGUAUAUCAUAACCAAAUUCCCUUUCUACGAGAAAAACAAGAAAGGCUGGCAAAACAGUAUCCGGCACAACUUGAGUCUGAAUGAAUGCUUCAUCAAGGUUCCUCGCGAGGGAGGCGGCGAGAGAAAGGGGAAUUACUGGACCCUUGACCCGGCGUGCGAGGACAUGUUCGAGAAGGGAAACUACAGAAGGAGACGUAGAAUGAAACGUCCCUUCAGACCUCCACCGACCCAUUUCCAGCCCGGGAAAUCCCUCUUCGGCGGUGAUGGGUACGGCUACCUGUCCCCUCCGAAGUACCUGCAAUCCAGCUUCAUGAACAACUCGUGGUCGCUGGGCCAGCCGCCCACCCCGAUGUCCUACACCUCCUGUCAGAUGGCCAGUGGCAACGUGAGUCCCGUCAAUGUGAAAGGACUGUCCGCUCCCUCCUCAUACAACCCGUACUCCCGGGUGCAAAGCAUGGGUCUCCCCAGCAUGGUGAACUCUUAUAAUGGCAUGAGCCAUCACCACCACCCGCACGCUCACCAUGCCCAGCAGCUGAGCCCCGCGACCGUUGCGCCACCCCCGGUAUCCUCCAGCAACGGAGCGGGCCUGCAGUUCGCCUGCUCCCGCCAGCCUACCGAGCUCUCCAUGAUGCACUGUUCGUAUUGGGAUCACGAGAGCAAACACUCUGCGUUACACACGAGGAUUGACAUUUAGAGUUUACGAGAGGGCCACUUGUAAAAUGGACCCUCGUGAGAGAAAGACAAUAAGUCUAUUCCUGUGUAUUCAAACCAGAAAAAAAGUAUUUUUGAAGAGACAAUACUAUGACGGGCUCUUUUGAUCCAAAUAAUGUACUGAAAAUUCAUAUGGAAAGAUAUACAAGUGGGGAUGCUGAGAGGAUUUUCAAAAACUGGAAAUGGUGAUAUUAAGAGGUCUCGACUAGGCACGAGGUAAAGCAGAACUUUUGGGGGCCAUUUCGUGCGCCCACUGUUGCCUUGGACUGAAGGCAACAGUGUGUUAUAAACACUGUAGUAUGUUAUAAACAUUUGUAAAAUCAGACCAGUUCCCUAUUCAUGGGGAUACAAAUUCAAAAUACAAUUAAUUGAAAACAAAAUACACAAAACCCUCCCCCUGUCUUGGAAUUCAAAACAUCACCUGAAUGAGUGAUAAUUUAAUUAGAACUACGUAUUUGAACUAGUAUCGUGAACUGAGCCAACUCCAGCAAGAUCAGGUGAAAAUUUGAUUAUUUAGCCUGUCAUUAUUUUUUUAUAUAUUUUUUCCCGUUUCACAGUACUUCAUCCGAGUGCAGGUGGAAAGAGAGAGAGAGAGCACCGUCAGAAGGAGCAAUACCAAAGAUGUGUUUGUUACUUCUGGGGUCAUUGACUUUGUAGGCUUCGUGACCUCUGAUAGAGAUGGUUUAGUUUCCGAUAACAUUCAGUCCAGUGGCAGAUUUUUUUUUAACCUUUCUUGUUUUUUAUAAACGUAAUUAUUUUUGUCUCAUUCAUGUUGGGACCAUGUUAAAUUAGCACUUUUCCCUCUUUUUCUAGUUUUGUGAAUGUCUUAAUAAACUUUUUUUCAAAGUAAAA